UUGGUUUGGUUUAGGAGAUGAAAUUUCAUGGCACUGCAACACAAUGGCUUCUUGUGUUCCUUUGCACUGGCAUUGUGUAGAUAUUGAGUUAGGGUUUACUUUGGUUUUCAGUUGAUAUCCGAGUCUAAAAUAACUGUGUAUGGAUGGAUUGCUUGUAGAUGGAUGAUGACGAAGCCUUCUUGGACAUCAUUGAUUUUGGUUGCACACAAACGCAACCAAAGAGUCCAAUUGGAGAGCAGCCAACUCCAUCAACUCAGCAUCGUUCUGCAAUAACAGAGAAAGAAAAAUCCCACAAAGGAAAAAAUUGGUCUAGUGAUGAGGACAAGGUUCUCAUAGCAGCAUGGGCAAAUACAAGUUUGGAUAUUGUUGGGACAGAUCAAAACCGAGAUACUUAUUGGGCUAGAAUUUCAGAGUACUACAACAGACAGAAGGAAUCAUCAUGGCCGGAACGAAAUGAUAAUGCAAUCAAUUGCCGUUACACUUUCAUUAACAGAGAGACCUCUAAAUUUUGUGGUUGCCUUCAGCAGAUUUUAAAUAGGCAAGAAAGUGGAAGUACUAUAGAAGAAAAGACAAACGAUGCACACAUUUUGUUCAAGGAAAUGGAUCCUAAAAAAAAGAAGCCUUUCACAUUGAUGCAUUGCUACAUAGAGUUUUCGAAGUAUCCAAAGUGGCAGACAAGAGAACUUGAAACUUCUGUGAAGAAACAAAAGAAGACCAUUGAUGCAAGUCCGGGCACAGCUACCAAUGAUCCGGCUGAUGCAUCCUCGGUACGUACUGAUGCUACCUCGAUACGCACUGAUGCUCUUGAACAUGAGACUAGACCUGAUGGUGUGAAGAAGGACAAGAGAGGUAAGGCUGAUGACAUUGCUUGCAAGUUUUCAUUAGAAACUGUGUGGGCAGCAAAACAAGAGAAGGAUGAGAUCAAAGAGGCGGCAAGAAAUGCUCGCUACGCGCAGCAACUUGAAUUGCGAAAAGAGGAGAUUGCACUAAAAAAGAAGGAGGAUGCACGAAACGAGAGGGAGGAUGCACGAAGACAGUUUGAAUUAGAUGAGAGGGUCAUGCUCAUGGACACUAGUGGUAUGACUGAUGCGCAAAAGCAGUUCUACCAAGCUAAGCAGAAGGAGAUCCUUGCUCGCGGCCUAGAGUAA